AUGAACCGCGAUAUUGACUUCGUGGGGAUGCUACAGCUCGAUCAUCUCGAGAUACUCGGCCUGCUCCUCCUUUCGCAUUCUGAUCGGGACUCGAUCGUCCGCAUUCUCAAGCACGGAGGGAACGCGUCCGAGCUUUGGCUCCGAGAUCACCAUUCGUGCAAGACGGUGCUUCCUCUCCUGAUCGAAUCGUCGCCAAGGCAGGGAAAGAGCGAUCAACAGCCCACGGAGCAUCUUCUGCUUCCGGAGCUCCGAAGGAUUAACGCGAAUCUGGAAGAUCGACGACCGUCUCAGGAUCUGCUCAGUCGAUUCCGAAGCCUCUUGAACCGAAGAUCCAAGCUCACGAACGGGCCAUUGUCCCUCGCGCUCGUCAACAGCCGCAUUGACAAGCCCGAAGACCUUGAGAAACUUCGAAAGGCUGCCGGUCAAACGGAGCUGGUGCAGGUACUGGACGACCGAGGUGCGUCUGGAGAAGACUAUUUCAUCUUGUCGAAUGUGGACAAGGAGCCGGAGAUCAUUGACUCGCCGCAUUCGUGA